AUGCCCGCCAUCGACCCCAGCGUCGCCAAGGUCCUCGACAGUCGCCGGCCAACCCACGAGGACGACGACGAAGAUGCCCUCAUCGCGGAGCUGGAAGACGAAGACGAUGGCGCCUUUGAUGCCCUUCGCGAACGCCGUCUCGAGCAGCUGCAUGCUGAGAUUUCACGCGCCAAACUCAUGAAGGAGACUUCGCACGGCACGUACAUGGAGAUCAAGGACGAGAAGCAGCUCAUGGACAUCACGACUUCGACAAAACUCUGCGUGGUGCACUUCAUGAAACCCGACUUCAAUCGCUGCCGCAUUAUGGACGAAAAGCUGGCCGUGCUGGCCGAGAAGCAUUUCGACACGAGAUUUGUGAGCAUCAAUGUUGACAAUGCUCCGUUCUUGGUGGUCAAGCUGGGAGUUCAGGUCUUGCCGUGCGUCAUCGCGUUCAAGGAUGGGGUGGGCUUGGACAGGAUCAUUGGGUUCGAAGGUGUUGGACGGAAGCCAGACACGAUCACUGCGAGUGAGGUGGAGGCACGUCUGCUCACCUGUGGUGUCCUUGUGCGGGCGAAGAUGAACGAAGACGAUGACCGAAGACGUGCAAGGCAGCAGGAGCAGGCCGAAGACGAGUAUGAUGACGACUGGGAUUGA